AUGUCGAUAUCGGUUCCGAUCGAAAAACUUCAGCUAGAAAAACUUCUUGAUGAGAGGGUAUUCGUGAAAUGGGUUAAUGAAUCAGGCACAACAUUGACACUAGGUUCUUGCUUGCAUGACAACAAGCAGACACCUGGUUUCUUUAUGACUGUAUAUCGUGAUAUAGAAGGACGGAUUCAUAUUCAUUUCAAGCUUCAGGUGUUUAUUAAGCUUGCUGGCAAGAAACAACAGAUAGAUUUAUUAUUAGUUGUUCCUCCAGAUGCCGAUUUUGCGAAUGCCUCGGCACCUUAUCCAAUAUCGAGUAUUGAUUUAUCUCACGACGUUUCUGCUAUUCACGAAGCCGGGUUAAGCAAUGCACAGCAUGUUUUCCUUCUACAAUUCAACCUCACCACGAAGGGAUUCGUCGUUACAAAGAAGAAAACUACUACAAUCAGACCUCACACCACGACUACAAACAUGUUGAUUCGUAGCCUUGAGUCUCUGUCUAAUACCACAACUUUCAGUGUAUACAUCAGGCCAAGUACUUAUGCGAAAGUACACCUGGAAAAACUCCGUAUGCAUGUUAGUGAAACUGCAACCAAUACCUACAAAACCAACUUGAAGGAAAUGUAUAUUCAACAAGGGGCUAUUUUACUAGAAUGGGAUAAAUUCGUAUAUAAGGAGCAACAACGUCCAAUACCACCACCAUAUGCUCAGCCAUCUCCGGCACAGAGUCCUCGGUCACCGUCACCAUACGCUCAGCCAUGUCCAGAAGUACAAGUUCCUCGGUCACCGCCACCAUACGCUCAGCCAUGUCCAGAUGCACAGGUUUCUCAGUCAUCACUCGUCAUUCUUGAAGAAAGGAUUGAAGAGACACCGCCUCGAUUCCCAGCUAGUCCCAACUCUACAUCGGUACAUGGCAUUUUUUCUGGCUGUGAAGAGUCAUCAGAUAGCGAAGUGAACUUGGACGAUAUCGAAAAGCCUAUCAGAAUAGACUUCGAUGUGGAUUCGGAUGAGGAAGAGCUUGCCAAGGAACGGUUUGCCAACUUGAAUCCUCGAGAACCAAAUGAUCAAGUCGAUUAUGAUUUAGAAACGUCACAGAUGCUUAAAUCGAAGUUGGAGAACUGGAUAGAAACAGUACUACCGAUAAACUUCAAUAUUCACCAUCACACACGUUUAACUAAUAAGUUAUCAAUUCUUGGUAAUUGUAUUCGUAUUUCAAAUACUAAUGUAUUUGAUGUUACUUUACUUUGGUGUUCUGCAUUGUUUUUCUACGAUCCAUAUGACUCUGAUUCUGAUAAUGCUUUUGGAUUAUGGGGAAGGAGAAAUUCAUGGCUCAUCCGAGAUAUAGUGGAACAGAUUCAAUGGACUAAUAAAAUGUGUAAUAGUACUGAAUUAAGCCCAGCAUUAUUAGAGCAGUUCAUAAAGCUGGGUCAAGCUGCUCGUACUCUUGCUCUAGACAUUUUAUACAAUAAAGGCGUUUAUUUCAAGCAGAAAAGUGUUUUUAUCGCUUAUGUAUUAGCGAAGUUUAGCAAGCCGAGUAGGAAGCCUGUUUCUCGAAAAAGAUUGGAGAUUGAUGGUAGUGCAUCUAAGCGUGUGAAGAUGUAA